CGUAUAAAGUACAGUACGUUCAUUUCUCCUACUAUACACCGAUACCCCGCCCAAAUACAACUUGAUGUAACAGAUUCUAAUACACUGAGUAAUACGUGUGUUUGAGAUGACUACGUCGUCUCGUUAAUGCUACUAAAACAUUACAUAUGUUAUUAAUAAACACAAGGUUCAAUUAACGACAAGUGGAAGAAUAAUAAGUAAAGGGACUAUUCGAAGAAGAAUCUCAGUCUAAAAUUUAUAAAAUGUCCAUUUUAGACGAGCGGGAAGAUUAUCUGAAGAAUCCAUUCUUUGUGAAGCACGAGUAUGGUGAUUUUACCCCAUUUUAUGUCGCUGUCACUAUCUGUUCCGUAAUAUUUGCAUUGCUGUGCAUUCUGAACAUUGGAUUUUGUUGGUGUUCCCGUCAUAGAAAUUAUUGGCAGAGUCCUCAUACUGGAAAUAGAUGGCUUCAACCAUUGUGGACAGUAUUGCCACAUAAGACACCACCUUUAGACUUAAGUGAGUUAGAACCAGGACGCCUUAACACACAAGAGAAACAAGAGGUUUUACAAUAUCAUAAUCCAAAGCCAUAUAGAAGUGCAGCACAAACACAAGAAUAUAUGGAGAUGCAGAAACGUGAGAGUGAAAUUUAAUUAGAUACUACUCUUGAUAUUAUGCAUAUACACACAUUUGCAAACUCUCAAAAGCACUAACAUUGAAUUAA